CCUCAAGCCGACUUCUCCGACUGAGACAGUAGGCUAACUGACCUCUCCAAUGAUUUCAUCAAUUUGGUGCUUGGGUCAGACUAGAUCUCAGUGGCAACAACUAUCCUUUAACUUAUCGAUGAUUGUUAGUGUGGCAGAUCAUUAUUCGCCAACUUGCAUGAACUUCAUGAGUUCUCUCAUGCUUAGGAGCGUGCUCUUUCUAUUCUUUAUUUCUAUAUGCCCUCUUCGCUUUGUAUGGCUUGGAAGUGUAUAUGCUUGUGUGCAUGAACAAUAAGAUGGUAAGCUUGAGCAUCUGCAUGGAAGCGCCAUCACGCUGGCUGGGUUUUGAGGUGGGGUCGGGUGUCGGGUGGCUGGCAGGCCCCCGUCUCUCCCGCCGGUUGGCUGGGAUCCAAAAAUAGCCCUUCGUCAAGCCUUCCCGCGGGCCGCAAUACAUCAAUCUACAGGCAGACCCUCGCCUUUCCUCCCGCGUCUCUUUUUAAUUAACAAUUAAUUAUUUCAGUUUUAGAGAUCCAAAUCUCUCCCACGUCCGCUUCUCCCGUCCUUCACAUAACAAACGCCAGCUCCUUCACCAAAUUCCCUUUCCUUUCCCUUCUUUUUCUAUUCUUUUCUUUUCCCCAAUUCUCCCUUCCCCCUCCUCGCCUUCGUGCGCUCGGGUCGCCUCCCCUCCCUCGCUCUUCAAAUUGGGUUCCUUUUCUUCCUUGCCGGCUUUUUUUUUUUUGAACUUUUUAAUUAUACAUAUAUCCCCUCAAACCAUGGCUGCGUGCAACUUUUCCCACCAACUGCCAAUCCCUUCCCGCUCUCGGUCAUGGCCCCCAGGCAACAACCGUAAAUAAGGCUACGUACACGGGGAAAGCAAAAAUAUUUAUGUUGGUUACAAAGAAUAAAGAAAUGGAAGACGACCCGCAGAGAGCGUCGUCGGGCUGCGGCCUCCUGGUGCUUUACAACAACGUCUUCCGGCGGCGCAAUGCUUCGUCGUCCCCCCAGCACCAGCAGCCCCCCUCGGCGGACUCUCCCAAGCUCGCGCACUCCAAUUCCAAAAGCCAGCAUCCGGCGCCCGAUAGCAAGCCCCCCGAUCUGCCAGUCGCCAUGUCCAAAGCCAAGGCCGCCGCCGCCGCCGCCGCCGCGCCACCCCGCUCGACCAAGGCGCUUGCAGGCCCUGCAAGAAUGCAGAGCCUCGGCCUGUCGGGCGAGCUCGACAGCAUGAUCCACGACCACCAGCGUAGCAAGGGGAGCAGCACUCUGGUCCGCGCGUCCUCGGGAAAUGUGAUGCUCUACGGGAACCUUGGGAACAUCCGCGCGCCCGGCGCCGUCACCCCGAACCGCAACGUGCUCGAUUACCUGCCCAGGACUGCCGGGGAGACGGCUGUCAAAGGCGAUGGGGGCAAGCCAGGCCACUGGCCCAGCCGUUUUGCAGGGACCGCCAUCGAACCGGCGGCGGCAGCGGCAGCGGCAGCAGCAGCCCCGGCGCCUGAGGUGCUGUGCCGAGCUCUGUCGAGGAGAUUGGAUCCGGAGGAGCUCAAGGAGAUGGGCAAUGAAGAGUACAAGAAAGGGAGAUACGCCGAGGCGGUGGCGCUGUAUGAUCGGGCGAUACUGAUCGAUCCAGACAAAGCGUCCUACUGGAGCAACAAAGCUGCCGCCCUCAUGGGCAUGGGCCAGCUGCUUGAGGCGGUCGGCGAGUGCAAGGAAGCGGUCAGGAUAGAUCCUUCUUAUGCCAGGGCACAUCACCGACUUGGUACUCUUUAUCUCAGAUUGGGAGUAGCUGAGAAAGCGAUUCAUCACUACAAGCUAGCACGAAAAGAAGCCAGCUCAAAUGACAUUGCACGAGCACAGGCUCUCCAAACCCAUCUCUCCAAGUGCCAUGAAGCACGCAAGCUGAGGGACUGGCAGACUCUGCUAAAAGAAACACAAUCUGCUGUCUCUGCUGGUGCUGAUUCUGCUCCGCAGGUUAUGGCUUCCAAAGCAGAGGCCCUCGUAGCGCUCCAAAGGCAAGAUGAGGCGAUCACAACGUUAAUAGAUGCACCCAAAUUUGACUGUGAUGCCUCCACAAAGUUUUUCGGCGCUUCUAGUAAUGCGUAUGUGCUUGCAGUCCAAGCACAGGUCGACAUGGCAGCUGGAAGGUUUGAGGAUACAGUUGCGGUGUCUCAAAGAGCUGCUCGACUUGACACAAAAAGCAGGGAGAUAAGUACUGUGGCACAGAAAGCUCGAGCUGUGGCAUCAGCUCGAUCGAGAGGUAAUGAUCUCUUCAAGGCAUCCAAGUUUAAGGAGGCUUGCAUGGCAUAUGGUGAAGGCUUUCACCAUGACCCCUACAAUGCCAUUCUAUUUUGCAAUCGAGCCGCAUGCCGAUCAAAGCUUGGCCAAUGGGAGAUGGCUAUUGAAGAUUGUAAUGCUGCUUUAAACAUGCGCCCUUCCUACAACAAAGCUCGUCUAAGGAGAGCUGACUGCAAUGCAAAGUUGGAGCACUGGGAAGCAUCCAUACAAGAUUAUGAAGCAUUACUUCAUGAAAUGCCGGGAGAUGAGGAGGUCAGCAAGGCCCUGGUGGAGGCUCAGCUCCAACUUAGGAAGCAGCGAGGUGAUGACAUCAAGGACGCAAAACAUGGAGAUAAUAUGGUCCAAAUCACAACGAUCGAUCAAUUCAGACAGUAUACUACAUCACCUGGGCUGUCCGUGGCACUGCUAUUCAGCCAAUCAAAUGAAGCUUCCAAACAGACGAUAGUUUUCAUGGAGCAAUUCUGCCAGAAAUAUCCUACUGUGAAUUUCCUUAAGGUUGAUCUGGAUGAAAACCCCUACUUAGAGAAGUAUGAGAGCUGCGUGCCGAUAUUCCAGAUAUACAAGAAUGGCUCCUACGCCAAAGAUAUCCGUGGGUCUGACCAUGAUCAACUAGAGAACUCCCUCAAAGUUUUCAACAGUUGAAAAAAUAAAAAGAAAAGAAAAGAAAAGAAAAGAAAAGGCCAAAUGAGGAGAUGUCCGUCGAAACCAUUCGAGGAAACAGGUGAAAGCACUUGGGCUGGAUCAAAGUGCAUCAGAGGCCAUGCACAGCCAUGUGGUGGCAACUUAUCAUCAUCUCCUGCAGUCAAUUUACCGGGCACUAAGAGCAGAAUCAAAGUGGUUGGCUAAAGAAUGAAAAACCAAGCGACUUGUACUAAUUGUCAUCAUAGAGCUUGUCAUGUAAACAUGAAAUAUGCUUCGCAGGAGCUAGAGGGUAAUGCUACACUACUCCUGUGUGCACACUGCUGCAUGACAAUCACGUGCUUUUUCUUCUUUCCCUUUCUUUUAUUUACUACAACAGUGUAUGACAUGUUAUGGUGUCUGCUUCUAAAGGCCUUUGGGUUCCUGGAAUAUGGCGAAAAGGUCAAAGGUGAAGGAAAAGAGACAUGAUAGGGAUAUUGCUCUCCAAUUGUGGUAGCAAUCUUGUAACUCACUUUUUCUCUUUGAUAGAAGGAAAGUUGUGAGAACUCA